AUGAGUGCCAAAGAAGAGAGAAAAGAAUUUAAGAAGAGUAUGGAUAUGAAAAAUAGUAUAAAAAAAUUGGAUAAAAUGAUAAAAAUGGUAAAUGAGAUAAGUGCUAUUUUUAAUACUAUUUGUGAUCAUUUAAGCGAAACUUGGAAACCACUUGAACAAGGAGAUUACAUUGAAAAAAUGAAUGACAAAAUAAUGAAUAAAAUGGAAGAGUUCUCCCAACUACUCGAAAAUUCUUUAGUUGAUUUGGAAUAUGCUAAUCAAGUUGAAGGGGCCUGGAAUUCUAAUCAGAGUAAUCGAAAUAAGCCAUACGUUAAAUAUGAUCUUAAAGAUGAUGAAAGAAUCAUUAUAGAUCUCAGAGAAAAAAUGCAAAAAACGAGUCAACAAGUUACAAAUACAUUUUUUAAAGAUUAUGAAACUUAUUUUAAAAAACAAAAGGAUGAAAAGCAAAUCAUCGUUUCAGAAUUAACUUAUCCCAAACGAACAAAAGCAUAUGAUGCAAGACAAAUUAAUAGUACAAUUGAUAAUUGGCUUGCUAAAGCAAAAAAAGGAUCUUAUAAAGUAGAAAUUGAUAAAACCGAUUUUGAUAUGUUAAAACGAGUUUCAGCUUUUUCAGUAUCAGUAAAUAAUUUUUUAAAGGUUCACAUUUCAUUAAAAUAUAAUGAUAUUGACGGGUCGUCUUUAACAAUUUCGAGAAUAAAAACAAUUCUAGAGUCUUCAGAUUCUUUGGAGUUUCAACGUAUAACACAACUAGCAGCCGCCAAAUUAAAUGAAUUGGAUACUACUGAUCCGAUACCAGACCUACUGGACUGGAUAUCAAGUUAUCAUGAUUUAACUUCUAAACCUUGUAAUAUUUGUAAUAAAUUAUUAAAUUAUGAUUCAUUUAAGUAUAAAUAUUUACCUCCUAUCGUUAGAUUAUUACAAGCAAUUGAUAAUGAAAAAAAAUAUUCAAUCAUGAAAAGAUUAAGAUUUUCCAACUUUUAUUUUCAAUUUCAUCGUAAACCCAAUUUUACUUCUUCCUUUUUAUAUUUUUCAAAACUGCCGUCUGAACCAAGUAGUUUAAAAGAUUCGUUACAGCAAAGGCAUAAGCCUUAUUCGGUUCAUAGAGGAAUAGGAGAAGAGGAGAAACUCAGAGAGGCUGCAAAUAUUAGUGUAGCCGGUAGUAGCAAUAGUUCGCAACCAUUUUCAUUAGGACAGGAAAAACAGCAUGGUAAAGAAAUGACGGUUUCUCUAACAGAACAAGAGUUAAACAUAUGUGACUUAUUGAGAAAAGUUACUACAUAUUUGAAAGAAACUAAUCCUGAGUUACCCUCUAUUGAACUAAGAAUUGCUGGUGGUUGGGUUCGAGAUAAAUUACUUGGAUUCGAAUGUAAUGAUUUAGAUGUCGCGAUAAAUCAUUUGACAGGACUUAAUUUUGCAAAUUAUGUUAAAGAAUUUGUUGAUAAAGAACAUAUGUCUAUUCCAAUAAAAAUUCAUUUAAUAGAAUCAAACCCUGAAAAAUCUAAACAUUUAGACACUGCUACUACAAAUAUUUUUGGUUUGGAUAUAGAUUUUGUUAAUUUAAGAAAAGAAGUCUAUGAUGCGUCUAGUAGAAUUCCUGUUUCUAUUGAUUUUGGUACACCCGAAGAAGAUGCUUAUCGUAGAGAUAUAACCAUUAACGCGUUAUUUUAUAAUAUACACACGUAUGAGGUGGAAGAUUUCACAAAUAAGGGAAAGUCAGAUAUGAAAGAAAGAUUAAUUCGCACUCCACUUCCUGCUUAUGAAACAUUUAAAGAUGAUCCUCUUCGAGUAUUGAGGUGUAUAAGAUUUGCAAGCAGAUUUCAAUUUGAGAUUGUUGAUGAUGUGAAAAAUGCCAUUAAAGAAAAUGAUAGUAUCAAAACAGCAUUAAAUGAGAAAAUAAGUCGUGAAAGAAUUGGAUUGGAAGUUGAUAAGAUGAUCAAAGGACAUGAUCCCACUUGCGCCAUCAAUUUGAUUGUUAAUUUGGGACUUUAUGAUAUAGUUUUUUCACCACCUCCACAAGAAACCAUCGUAUCCGGAAAAUUUGUAGAUACAAAAAUUUGUUUAAAUACAGCAAAAAUUCUUAAAUGGUUGAUUUCUGAUGAAAGUAAAGAUUAUGAUGUCCAUCCUAAGUUUCGUCAAUUGGAUGAAAAUGAAAAACGAAAAUUAUAUUUGGCAGUUUGCACAUUACCUUAUAAAGAUAUGGUAUAUACAGAAAAAAAAAAGAGGCAUCCGGCUUGCCGUUUUGUAGUUCGCGAAAGGUUAAAGUUUUCGAAUGAGGAUGUUGAUAAAGUAUCAAACCUUCUGUCGUCAGUCGAUUCUGUGAAGAACGCGGUUGCACAGAAUAAUGAAGCUCCAGCCAAUAGAGUUGCACUCGGAUUAUUGAUACGUGAACUUGGAUCUGGAUGGUUGACGAAUUUACUCUUUGCUUUGUCCAAUGAGUUGAUGUCGAAAUUUGACAAUAUGGAUAAAGUUAAAGAAGUUAAUAACAAAUAUACAAAGUUCAUUGAAAGAGUACAAGAUUUAAAAUUGGAAAACGUUUUUAAUGAAAAACCUAUCUUAAACGACCCGGGUUUAAAAAAAUAUUGGAUUCAGUCAUGGAAUGGCAAUUAG